AAUAAAUAAACGAAGUAAAUUAAAUAAUAGUGAUAACAAUGUUAGUGAUCAUAAGAUGACAAAUAAUCGUAGUAAUAAUAGUAUUGUUGUGUAUCAUGAAAAACAGAUUAAAGAAUUAUGUGCAUUACAUGCAUUAAAUAAUUUAUUUCAACGUGCAAAUGCAUUUACAAAACAACAAUUGGAUGAAAUAUGCCAUCAAUUAUCACCGAAUGUAUGGAUCAAUCCACAUAAAUCAUUGUUAGGUUUAGGUAAUUAUGAUAUAAAUGUUAUUAUGAAAGCAUUGCAACUAUAUCAUAAUUAUGAGACUAUAUGGUUCGAUAAGCGAAAAGAUCCGAAUUGUUUAAAUUUAAAUAAUAUAUUUGGUUUUAUAUUAAAUGUACCAACAGAUUAUCGUUUUGGAUUUGUAUUGUUACCAUUAAAACGUCGACACUGGAUUGCAAUUAAACAAAUAAAUGGUUAUUAUUACAAUUUAGAUUCGAAAUUAGAUACGCCAAUGUUUAUUGGACAGAAUGCAGAAUUGAUAACAUAUUUAAAAGAACAAUUGGAAUGUCGUGAUAAAGAAUUGUUUAUAGUUGUGACACAUGAUGUGGAACAAUUACAAAAUUGGCAAUAUCAAUCAACAAAUUCAACAACAGCACAAACACAAGCACAUAUUGUUAAAUUAUCAGAUACAGAACAAUAUGAUGUUGAUGAUGAAAUGAAAUUAAAUGAUGAUAGUGAUUAUAAAGAAUGUGAUAAUGAGAAUGAUGAAGAACGAUCUUUAUGUUGUGUUACAAUGAAUCCAUUGUGUAAUGAUAAUAAUUCUAUAAAUACCAAUUCCAAUUCCAAUACCAGUACCACCAAUGAUAGUAAUAAUGAUCAACAAAGAACUUUUAAACCAUUAUGAUUAACGUUUUAAUUUAUAAUAAUAAUUGUAGGUACUA